UUUCUCAUCUCUCUUAAACACCCACCCUCCAAAUACAAUGGCCUUUUUGCUCCCUCUUCUCACUUUCUUCAUGCUCACUAUUUCUUCGUUGACCAACGGUCAACCUUCACCUGGUUUUUACCCUAGUUCCAAAAUUCCCACAAUACCCUUCAAUCAAGCUUAUAGAAGCUUAUGGGGCUCACAACACCAGCGGUUUGAGCAGAACUCGCUGGUGUUGUGGCUCGACAAGUCUUCAGGAAGUGGGUUCAAGUCCCAAAGACCAUAUCAAUCUGGCUACUUUGGGACAGCAAUCAAACUUCACCCAGGCUACACCGCGGGAGUUAUUACAUCAUUUUACCUUUCAAAUAACGAAGAUCAUCCUGGGAACCAUGAUGAAGUUGAUAUCGAGUUUCUUGGAACGACGUUCGGGAAACCGUACACGUUGCAGACGAACGUGUACAUUAGAGGAAGUGGCGACGGAAAUAUUAUCGGUCGGGAAGAAAAGAUUCACUUGUGGUUCGACCCGACCAAGGGUUUUCAUAACUAUGCUAUCCUGUGGAGCCCUAUUGAGAUCAUAUUUUUUGUGGACGAUGUGCCGAUUAGAAGGUACCCUAGGAAAAGUGAUGCUACAUUUCCAUUAAGGCCGAUGUACAUAUACGGGUCGAUAUGGGAUGCGUCUUCAUGGGCUACCGAAAAUGGUAGAUACAAAGCUGAUUAUAGGUAUCAACCGUUUUAUGCUAGGUACAAUAACUUCAAGAUAGGAGGUUGUGCUGCCAAUUCGACAGCAUCGUGCAGGCCACCGUCUGGCUCGCCGGCUAGGACGGGUGGUCUGAGCCGCCAGCAGGUGGCGGCGAUGUUGUGGGUUCAAAAGAACUAUAAGGUGUAUGACUAUUGUAGGGAUCCAAAGAGAGAUCACACUCAAACACCGGAGUGCUAGAAUUUAUAUUUUAAAGAAAAUGGAGGCUUGAGAUGUGUGGAAAUAUGCUGUCCAAGCUUUUAUUAUAAUUUCUUUUAUGUGUGUUUGUAAUUUUGUUUUGUUUUGUUUUGUUUUGUUUUGUUUUGGUAUUGUGUGUUGUGGUUUGAGAUUGGAUUAUUGAAAGUGAUUGUUUCUAAUUUAUGAUGAUUGUCACAUUUGGAUCAACAAA